UCACCCGCAGACAUUACAGAAUUGGCUAUUCCUCCUGAAGAACUAAUCGUCACUAAGAAAAAACUCAAGAAAGCGGGAAUAGAUUAUACAAUACUAACAGGAAACCUUCAAAAAUCUAUCGAUACUGAGAAGGCUGCGAUAUCCGCCAAUGUAUUUCAAUUUAACAGAUAUAAUACCUACGAUAAAAUAGAGGAGUAUCUAAAUAACCUCGAUGGAUGUGGACCAAUUGCUUGUUCACAGACAAUAACAAUAGGCGAGACAGACGAAAAAAGACCAAUAUAUAUGGUUAAAAUAUGGAAAAAUGGUAUGCAACUGAGUAAUCGUCCAACCAUACUCGUAGACGGUGGAAUCCAUGCUCGGGAAUGGAUAUCGCCAGCAGUCGUAUUGAAUUUUAUUAACUUUCUAAAAACAAACCCAGCUGCUGUGAAUUUGGUAGAUGAAUUUCAGUGGUUUGUUAUUCCUGUACUAAAUCCUGAUGGGUAUGUCUAUACACAUACUACUGACCGUCUUUGGAGGAAAAAUAGAAAACAAUCUCAAGUCAACUCAAACUGCUUUGGUACAGAUUUGAACCGUAAUUUUGGUUACCAGUGGGAUCCUUUACAAACUGCAUCUAAUGAUCCAUGCAGCCUCGUUUAUCGCGGUCCUACACCAUUUAGUGAAAAAGAAAGUAUAGCUCUAAGAGACGUUAUGCUUCAACAAGGUCAAACUUACACCUCCUACAUAAGCUUCCACUCAUAUGGCCAAUAUUAUUUAUACCCUUGGCUCCACGCAGAUCAGCUAACAGCUGAUUGGAUAGACUUAGAUGAUUGUGCAAAAGCAGCAACUGCAGCUAUCUUUGGCUAUAAACGGAAAAGAUAUCAAGCAGGAGCAGGCGGGAGCUUAUUAUACCAAGCUAGUGGUACCUCUGGAGAUUAUGCAAAGGCGGAAGCUAACAUAAAAUAUGCCUACACCAUUGAACUACGAGAUACAGGAAGAAAGGGGUUUUUAUUGUCCCACAGACAAAUUAUACCAACUUGGGAGGAAAACAGAGAUGGCAUCAUUGCACUUGUAGAUUGUUUAGUUCAGAAAAAUGAUCUGAUAAAGUAAUGAUAGACAGAUUAAGUUGAAACGAAAAAAGAAACCAUUUUGUUUGUGCAUAAAGAAAGAAUAUCUAAUAUAUAGAAAAUGAGCCUUAAAUAUA